AUGGCGGUGAACUUUUCGGAGGUUUGGGGUCGGGUAAAGAAUGUGUGUGCGCAGAACGGGCUCCUCAUCCUGUCUGUGUUGGCCGUUGUCAUCGGCUGUAUGAUGGGCUUCCACCUGCGGGGCAAGCAGCUCUCAGACCAGGAGGUGAAGUAUUUCCAGUUUCCUGGAGAGCUCCUGAUGAGGAUGUUAAAGAUGCUCAUUCUUCCCCUUGUCGUCUCCAGUUUGAUGUCAGGGCUGGCAGCCCUGGAUGCCAAGUGUUCCAGCCGACUCGGCAUCAUGACCGUCUCCUACUACCUGUGGACCACCUUCGUGGCGGUGGUGGUGGGCAUCCUCAUGGUUACCAUCAUCCACCCAGGUGGCGCCGCCCAGAAGGAGGACAACGAGGACAGCGGCAAGCCAAUCAUGAGCUCCGCUGAUGCCCUGCUUGAUCUGAUUCGCAACAUGUUCCCAGCCAACUUGGUCCAGGCAACUUUCCAACAGUACCGUACCAGGAGUAUCCCCAUCAUGAAGACCCCUCCGCCCACGGUGACAGCCGCCCUGAUGGAGAGCACCACCCGGAGGGUCUAUAUCUACGGUGUCCAAGACGACAACGGAACAGACAUCCAGAACUUCUCCCUGGACCUGACGCCACCGCCAGACAUCCAGAUGCGCACGCUGCCCGGGACCAGCGACGGCAUGAACGUCCUAGGGAUCGUCAUCUUCUCCGCCACAAUGGGUAUCAUGCUGGGUAGAAUGGGGCCUAAUGGCAGCGCCCUGGUCAACUUCUGUCAGAGUUUAAACGAGGCUGUCCUGAAGAUUGUUGCCAUAGUGAUCUGGUACUUCCCAUUCGGCAUCGUGUUCCUGGUGGCCGGUAAGAUCCUAGAGAUGGAUGACCCGUCAGCCAUGGGGAAGAAGCUGGGUUUCUAUGCCAUCACCGUGGUGAUGGGCCUGAUCCUCCAUGGUCUCUUCAUCCUCCCGGCCAUGUACUUCUUCAUCACCAAGAAGAGCCCCAUCGUCUACAUCAGGGGCAUCCUGCAGGCCCUGCUCAUCUCCCUGGCAACCUCCUCCAGCUCGGCCACGCUGCCCAUCACUUUCAAGUGCCUCCUGGAGAACAACCACAUCGACCGACGCAUCAUCCGCUUCGUGCUCCCCGUGGGCGCCACCAUCAACAUGGACGGGACAGCGCUCUACGAGGCCGUGGCAGCCAUCUUCAUCGCCCAGGUCAACAACUACGAGCUAGACUUUGGCCAGAUCAUAACCAUCAGUAUCACAGCUACGGCUGCCAGUAUUGGUGCAGCUGGAAUCCCACAGGCCGGAUUGGUCACCAUGGUGAUCGUGUUAACCUCGGUGGGCCUGCCCACUGAUGACAUCACUCUCAUCAUCGCUGUAGACUGGGCGUUGGACCGUUUCAGGACCAUGGUCAAUGUGAUGGGAGAUGCCCUGGCCACGGGGAUCAUGGCUCACAUCUGUAGAAAAGACUUUGUCAAGGAAGGAGAGCAGGUGAGGGUGCCUCUGAUUUGUGAGACCAAGCCCAUGAUCAGCAUCCAGCAGAUGAUGACGUACCAGAAGAACGGUGGGUACCAGCACCCUCCCUGCGGACCAGAGGGCCCGGACGUGGCUCGUCUGAUGCAGCUGGAGGAGGGGGUACGGCCGGAGCAGAGGAAGAGGAACCCCCACGCUGCCCAACACAAGAGGGAGCACAAGGACAAGGACCACUGCUCCAUCGACAUGAAUGGCCUGGAGACUAACGUAUAGAGGGAGCCAGUCAUCAGCACCACAGCAACCGGCUGCAUCCCGAUUCUCCACACUUCUCUAGAAGUGUGCACAUGCAUAUUCUCCGUCACGAAUCUAACAAUGGUGGAUCUAACAAUGGUGGAUCUGACAAUGGUGGAUCUAACAACUCCCUCCAGCCAAUGGUUACACCAAUUCAAUGUUUUUAACACCAUGACAAGGAGUGGGAAAGUGCAUACUUUGGAAAAAGGGUGGACAAUCAGAAUGCAGACAAGAUUAUAGCUACAGGCGAGAGGAAGGGACUGACUGACUAACUGCAACAGAUGCAGGACAGAUUAUAGCUACAGGCGAGAGGAAGGGACUGACUGACUAACUGCAACAGAUGCAGGACAGAGGAUCCAACAAGAAAAUAUGAUUUUUUACAUGAUUUAUAUUAUGAACCAGUAUGAUUGUGCAUGUGUGUGUAUGUAUUUAUCAGAGUUGUUACACGCCAGCAGAAUGAUUUUAAAGAAACAUUUUAUAUGAGGAGCAGGCAUUCUAUAUGACAAGGGGACAUUCUAUAUGAGGAGCAGGCAUUCUAUAUGAGAAGGGGAUAUUCUAUAUGAUAAGGAGACAUUCUAUAUGACAAGGGGACAUUCUAUAUGUUAAGGAGACAUUCUAUAUGACAAGGGGACAUUAUAUAUGACAAGGAGUCUUUCUAUAUGAUGAGGAAACAUUCCAUGUGACAAUGAGACAUUCUAUAUGGCAAGGGCACAUUCUAUAUGACAAUGAGACAUUCUAUAUGUUGAGGAGACAUUCCAUGUGACAAUGAGACAUUCUAUAUGACAAGGAGACAUUCUAUAUGACAAGGGGACAUUCUAUAUGACAAGGAGACAUUAUAUAUGAUGAGGAGACAUUCUAUAUGACAAGGAGGCAUUCCAUAUGACAAGGGGACAUUCUAUAUGACAAGGAGGCAUUCUAUAUGACAAGCAGACAUUCUAUACGAUGAGGAGACAUUCUACAGGAUGAAGAGACAUUCCAUAUGAAGAGCAGACAUUCUAUAUGACAAGGAGACCUUCUAUAUGAUGAGACAUUUUAAAUGCCUAGGAGACAUUCUAUAUGAUGAGACGUUCUAAAUGACAAGGAGACAUUCUAUAUGAAAAGCAGACAUUCUAUAUGAUGAGACAUUCUAAAUGACAAGGAGACAUUCCAUGUGACAAUGAGACAUUCUAUACAAUGAGGAUACAUUCUAAAUGACAAAGAGACAUUAUAUACGUUGAAGAGACAUUCUAAAUGACAAGGAGACAUUCUAUAUGACAAGCAGACAUUCUAUAUGAUGAGACAUUCUAUAUGACAAGCAGACAUUCUAUAUGACAAGGAGACAUUCUAUAUGACAAGGAGACAUUCUAUACGAUGAGGAGACAUUCUAAAUGACAAGCAGACAUUCUAUACGAUGAGGAGACAUUCUAAAUGACAAGGAGAUAUUCUAUAUGAUGAGCAGACAUUCUACAGGAUGAAGAGACAUUCCAUAUGAAGAGCAGACAUUCUAUAUGACAAGGAGACAUUCUAUAUGAUGAGGAGACAUUUUAAAUGCCUAGGAUACAUUCUAUAUGACAAGGAGACAUUCUAUAUGAUGAGGAGACAUUUUCAAUGCCUAAGAGACAUUCUAUAUGAUGAGGAGACAUUCUAUAUCACAAGGAGUAUUUCUAUAUGACGAGCAGACAUUCUAUAUGCCGAGCAGACAUUCUAUACAAUGAGAAGACAUUGUAUAUGACAAGGAGGCAUUCUAUAUGAUGAGCAGACAUUCUAUAUUAUGAGGAACAUUCUAUAUGACGAGGAGACAUUCUAUAUGACAAGGAGACAUUCUAUAUGACGAGCUGACAUUCAAUACGAUGAGGAGACAUUCUAUAUGACAAGGAGACAUUUCAUAUGAAGAGCAGACAUUCUAUAUGAAGAGCAGACAUUCUAUACAUUGAGACGUUCUAUUUGACAAGGAGACAUUCUAAAUGACGAGCAGAUAUUCUAUACAAUGAGGAGACAUUCUAUAUGACAAGGAGAUAUUCUAUAUGAAGAGCUGACAUUCUACAUGACGAGCACACAUUCUAUAUGAUGAGGAGACAUUCUAUAUAUGAUAUGGAGACAUUCUAUACGAUGAGGAGACGUUCUAUAUGAUGAGGAGACAUUCUAUAUAUGAUAUGGAGACAUUCUAUAUAUGAUAUGGAGACAUUCUAUACGAUGAGGAGAUGUUCUAUAUGAUGAGGAGACAUUCUAUAUAUGAUAAGCAUACAUUUUAUACGAUGACAUAAGAGAUAAAGAAGAAGAACUGUGGGAAUCUUCAGUCGGGGAUUGAGAAUCUGUGGACCUGUGGAUAAUGACAGGACAGCUAAGCUUGAACCUUCCAUCUUAGCCAAUCAACACCCCCCUCACAAUGGAUGUGUCAGUCAGUCUGUCUGUCUGUCUGCUGGGCUGAGAGGUGAAUGUGACUACACUCUCAUUACGCUUGUGGACUAUGGAUAAAUAGGAAGUAUUCAUUUAUUUUUUGAAAAUAUUAUUGAAAUGUUAUUGAAGAAUGUUAUCAUAUUUUGCAUUGUUUUUUUUUUCUUGUUGAAUUUUGUAUGUUUUUAUCAUUCAGUUCUUCUCUUUCUGAACAACAUCAUCACACAAACAAACGUAAUGUUGCCUCAAAACCCCCACACGGGGUUAUGGUCAUUUUAUGCUCAUUGGUUAGUCUUAUAUACCCAGCAGGUUACUCUCACAAUCAUCAUUGGAGAUAAUUCGUAAAACUUUACAGCUAAGGUCAAAUCUAGUUUUUUUUUCUUCCCGAAUCUGAAACAAAGAGAUAUAUGUCUAAUUGUUUUCUGUCAUUGAGAAACGAGUUUUCUCUGGUGGUUAUGUUUUGGAAGAACUCAUGUUCAUUGAUAUCUACAACUGCUUUUCAAGACAUUUGUGUUCACACUCAACAGAGAAGGAAUCUACAGAACUCCCGUUCUUUCUGCUCUUCUUCCUCAGCAAACUGACCAUGUUGCUUCUCUCUUACUGAUUUCAAUCUUUUGGUACCUUUUCUGGUCAACAUUCCCACCCUAUUUUCUUCUUUGUCUUUUGGUCCCCUUAUAAUCAGGGUAGUACACCUCUGACUCAUAUAUGGUGACUGGCAUGAUGGAGACCAAAUGGCAUCCUAUUCCCUAUACAGUGCACUAUACACUGUAGGGAAAAGGGUGCUAUUGCCCAAACUCUAAUGCACUAUAUAGGGAAUAGGAUUCCAUAUGGGACACACACAAUGACAGAAAAAAGUUAAGUAUGUGUCAGAGCCAUACUGCUCCGGUGGGUGUUAGCCCAUAUUCAAAAAUGUCCAAUGUCCAAGAGUGUCCAAUUAUUUACACCCAUAGUAUUCCCUCUUUGGCUUAAAGUAAAAAGGAGAAGCAUGUGUGGAGAUAAUACAGUCAUUUACAGUAUGGGGGUCCCCUAAACAUAUGGGGGUACCCCUGAACAUUCAAGGCAAGAGCAGCAAGCUACAACUAAAUAACCACAGGUCUUACUCUGAAUAUGUUUAUGAUAAUAUAUGCUGUAAAUAUAUUUAUUUCAAAAGUGAAAAGGAAUUUGUAGUUUGUAUGAACAGACAGUAUGAUUCAACAGGCGCCAUUAUAUCUCUGUCAUGAAAUUAACAUAAUUAUUCAUUGUUUCAUCUAGUCCAAUUGUACAAAAUGUAACCCCCUUUUCUGUAAAAAAUCAAAACAAACAACAACAAAAAAACAAAUAUAUUCUAA